UCAAGCGCUUCUUCCUCCGUUCAGGAGAUAUAGCCCCUGCGCACACUUACCCACAAGUAUUUGUAUACUUACAUAUGACUAGGAAAACUCUGAAAAGUGCUAUUUUGGUGCGAAUAAAAAUGCCAUGUUUAAGUACCUAUCCCUCAAAUACGCUUAAAUGCACAAUGUCUGACGACUCCUACACAACUCUUGUUUAUGAAUGUCCUGCAUUGACCAAUGAGAGACUUUCCGAUGCUCUCACCAAGUGGUUUGGAGAAAAUGUCACCUUCACCCAUUGGGAGAACAUCGGCGGAUUAGGAAAGGGCAAUUUCUACAUAAGCGAGUUAAUGCAAAUAAUAGUAUAUGGGAAGAAUCAAAAUGGUGAAUCCAAGUCCGUCGACGUUAUGGUUAGAAACAUUCCCAAGAGCAUUGCAAGUCGUCUCACGUUUAGAAGUAAUGAAUUCUUCAGAAACGAAAUUAAUUUCUAUGAAAUUGUUCUACCUGCUUUACUAAAAUUCCAAGCGAGUAAAAACGUCACUGAACCUUUUACGAACUACGUGAAAUUGUUCUUCAGCUACUCCGAUGGUACAAACGAUGUUUUAUGCCUUGAAGAUGCAGGUAUGUUGGGUUUCGUAAACCCAACAAGAGACGAACCUAUAGACAUUGAACAUUGCAGACUAACUUUCAAAACCUUAGCACAAUUUCAUGCUAUAUCCAUUGCAAUGAAAGAACAGAAACCUCAAGAGUUUGAUGCACUAAGAAAUGCUAUAUUUGAAACCUACUUUGAUGAUAGACUGUGGGAUUGGUAUGAACGUUUUUGGGAAAUGAUAUUUGCAGUAGCUAUUGAUGCUGUUGAGAAAGAAUAUCCAAACACUCAUUACGUAGAAGUAAUACGAGAAUUGUCUGAUAAAAAGCACUACAAGGACAUGGUCAAAGCGACAAAAACGUAUAAGACCGGUGUCAUUUCACAAGGUGAUCGUUGGACAAGUAAUUUUCUUUAUGAUUACGAAAAUUGUGAACUAGUAGAUUCGAAGUUGCUUGAUUUUCAAGCAAGUCGGUGUGCGAGCCCUGUAUUAGAUAUUUCAUGUGUUAUUUAUUCUUACAUGACUCAAGAAUUUAGAUUGAAACAUUAUGACGACUUACUGAAGUAUUACUACGAAGUAUUAGCCCGUCAAGUUAAGGAGAUGGGAACUGAUCCAGAGAAAGUAUAUUCUUUGGAAACGUUUAUGGAUGAAGUCAAGAAGUUUUCUUAUUUUGGACUAAUUUACAGUUUUGAGGGGAUGCCCGCUAUCCUUUUGGAAUGUACUGAUGAUGCUUUCGAAAUGGAUGUAGAGGGUGACCAAAAAAUGAACAUUGCGGACGUAUGGAAAGUAAAACCGUUCACAACAAAAGAGGACAGGCUGCGUGUGGCCAAUAAUUUGGUAUUUGGUGUUGACAGGGGAUACGUACCUAUAAGUAAUUAACGUACAUAAAUUUUAUGCUAGCAACACGUGGAACAGCUACCGUUGCAUAGCGCGGCCGGUGCAGGAAUUUCGCCAUAGUGUACGUUCAUUUACUUCUAUUUCAUAUUGUGUCAGGUGUCAAGCCCUCUAAUGAAUGUAAUUUCUUGUAAAGUGAGUGCUCUAAUCCGACAGAAAAUCGGCAUGUGGGGUUCUCUAUGGGUAUGUAUCUACCAUGGCGGACUGCCAUGCAGAGAUCCUGGGUUCGAUUCCCAGGCCAGGGGAAAUAUGUGUAUGGCCUACAUUUAUUUCUCUCGUGAGUUUGGGUGUAAUUUGUGGUUGU